UGACUCAUAAUGGCCGGUAGUGAAGCCCCAGUCGUUGUGACGAAUCGAAAUACUACGUCCUGAUUCACGCACUCUUAUUGACGCGAAAACUUUUGCAUCACACACAAUGGAAGGAAUACGUUUUCCCACUGUUUGGAUAUGCUUCUGGAUUAUUUUUUCAAUAGACAUUCAUGUGAUUGACAGUAUUGCCAUUGACCUACCCCCGAGGUUGGGAGUUGUCGGAAACAAUACUGUGACUCUAGAAUGUAGGUAUACGCUCGCAAAUGGAGAGAGCUUCAGUUCAGUGACAUGGUCAAGGAAGCGACACAGUGAAUCAGGUUUUUCGGACAUUGCAGAAGCAGAUGGGGCCGGCAACUCGGGGUAUUCCCAGGCUGGUGAAGAUAUUAAGACGAGAACAAAUUUAAAUUACACUCUGGGCAUGUACACUAUCAGAUACAGUGAUGUACAGUGCACAGAUGAAGCUAAAUACAGGUGUACUGUGACAUACUUCAGGGACAGCAGCAGAUUAACUGCGAAUGGAGAAAUGGAUUUUAGUCUAGAAGCGGCUCCCCUGAAACCAUCAUCUCUGAACUUGACCCCUGACCCUGACAUCUUCACUGAGAACCAAGUGGUGGAGUUCACGUGCAGCGGUAACGUCGGCAAACCGGCCGGCUCCUUCUGGUGGUUUGUUUACCAUGGCAACCAGGAGGUGAACAAAACGAGCGAGGCGGUGGUCAAUCCGCCGUUUUCUUCGUCCGGACCCAACACGUGCACGUUCGUACGGACCAGCAAACUGACGCUCAACUUGACACGUGCUGACGAUGGUCUCGUGGUCCGGUGUCACGUCUACCAUCCGACGCAGAUGGCUCCAACGACAGCCGGGAAUAGUCAGAGGUGUUCGCUGGACUCCGAUCUUUGUCUGCAGUCAAAGAGGCUGGUCGUUCAUUACCCAGUUCGUGAAGGGGACAUAACUGCGUUCACCGAACCUAAAGGACCCAACUUCCUCGUCGACUCCAUGGUAACCCUGAAAUGUAGCGUCACGUCGAACCCUCCGGCAGUGUUUACGUGGGAGAAUUCCGACAGUAACGCCACCUUCAGGGGAAAUGUGUGGACGCUGAACCGACUGUCGCUGCUCGACCGAGGUGUUUACGUGUGCACGGCGAAAAACAACGUGUCUGACGUCAUGUACAAUGUGUCAGCUUCAGUCAAUGUUAAUGUUGUGGAGACGACCACGCCACCCACCACCACACCAACCACCAGAUCAACCACAGCGCCAUUCGGUGGACGCACCGACAAAACCAUCGUGGAACCAGAUGAUGGUAAAACAACGAUGAUUAUUAUCAUCGUCUGUGUCGUGGUGGGCAUCAUCCUCAUCAUUGUAGCUGUGGUGGUGUUUAUCAUUAUACGCAGACGCAAAAAGAAGACACAAGUUGAAGAACCUCCAGAGAAACCAUUCAAUAACCAUAGCAACCUGAGCAUGUACAAGACACAGCCUGACCUCGUUUCUGAUGAGAAGAAAUUUGCACAAAAUAAUAGUUUUGAUUUCAAGACGGAUCAAGACCUGGCGUAUUCGGACCUGAAGUUUGAUCCCACUCCGAGAAGUCGAAAACCUGUCGCCUUCCGGGAGUCCACAGACUACGCUCACGUCCAGAUGCCGGCAGUGUAAUGUUGUUGGGGUGCCGCGCGACGCUGUGGGUCGACUGUGCGAUGCUGUCGCGACAGUUUUCAUAAUACAAAGUGCUACAUAACAAUUUCAAUCACUUAAUCACACACACAAAUGUUUGAAUGUUGUCGUACUCUUGGUGUUUGAUUGUUUGUUAUUGUUUGGUUUGGUCUCUCUGGUCAGUUUAUGAUAAUAUAUUCCAUUGCAGAGUGCUUGAUGAACCGAAUGUCAUUCCAUUUUCGGUAAUGUAUCAUGAAUUUUAAUAAGUUUUUGAUUACAAAAACAGACCACCAUGUCCAAUUAUAUUUAAGAAUUGUUUGAUUACCAUGUUGAUUUAUGAUCUUUAUUUCUUGUGGUCUCAGUUUUAAUUUAAUUGUUUUGUUUUUUUAAUUAUCAGAAUAGUCCUUCAAAUUUGAGAAAUGUUUGUGAUUGUUUUAAUUCCAGAACUAAUGUUUUUGGCAACCAGUUUUUUUCAUCUGGUCUUUUUGUCAACAUUGGUGAAUGCCACUGCCAAUUUUUAAAUUUGAAAUGCAAAUGAGAUAUUUUAAUAUAUAUUUUAAUCCAAAUUAAAAAUCUAUAAAAAAAGAAAGCUUUUUAAAUGCUUUUACAAGAUAUUCCAGGGAUUACAUAUCAUUUUAGUGUAACCACAUCAAGUCAUACAAACACCAGAGUGAUUCUAGAUUGAUGAUGUGUUAAUUAACCUGGACACACGAUGUUUGUCUUUGAAAGCAAAAGAGAUGGAAUUGAUUCAAUAAUACCAUAAAAUUACACUGUGGACAUCUGAUAUAGACAGUUUUUGCAUGUGGAUUAAUAUGGAUUACAAUGAAUUAAGGAUGACAGUGGAUUAAUAUGGAUUAGAAUGUAGAUCAAAGGUGUACCGAACAUUCGAGUUUUAGGCUGUAAUAGGUUUCAGCUUGUGGUGCAACCUUUAUUAUUGGAAGGAGAUGGAGAAUGUUUGAAGAUCAGUUCAUAUGGUUGUGAAGAACACUAUUGAAGGGAGACAACUUGUUUUAAAGGGAAGCAACUUGUGUUGAAAAAGGACAACUACAGUUUUGCUGUGUGAAAAUUGUCAGACAACAUAGAGGGUCUGUGGUUCAAACUCUGUUAGUAGAGUUCAAGUUGCCAGUUAUUGAUGGAGAAAUGAAAUGCUAUAAGAGAAAAGGAAGGAAGGAAGAAAGAAGAAAUAGAAAAUUAAUUCCAGGAGGAUGUGUUAAACAUUUUUUGAUUCAGGAAGUACUUGCUCAUAGCAUACUCUAUCUGGAUAUCUAGAAUCCUAAUCUCAUACAUUUUGGUCUAAUCUGAUAUUUUUGGAAUUGUCAUACAAUUUAACCUAUUUAUUGAAAUAUAUAUGUAUAGCAAUUCAACAUACUGAUUGUUUUUUAAAAACGUUCAUAUAGCUUAUAAUUUUUUUAUUCAGGCUUGUGUGUAGGAAUUUUAGCAGGGGGUUCUAGACUUCUAUGAGGGAGAUGUUUUUUUUCUCCGUUUCAAGCAAAUUUCCCUUUGACUGAAAUAAAUUAAAAAUUGUGUGCGUCACUGCCUGUCAUAACUUUUCUUAAUUCUGUUGAUCAGACGGCUCAACUCUGUUCCGGUUGAAACUGAAAAUACAAACAUUUUGAGUGUCGUUAAAUAAAACAUUUCCUUCUACAUUGAGAAUGGGUUGUAUACUAUAUUGGGGUUUAUUGCUUUCAAUGAUUUGGAAUACAAGUCCCCAGUGUUUCUGCCAGAAAGAACUUUUUGGGUAUAGUACUAUGGAAUUGAAUGCAACGACAGUCAACAGUGUGUAUGGGAGUCCACCCCCAGAAAGAAAAUGGGUUACCUUUUGGGUUAGGGUUAAGGAAAUCAUACAGUAAUUAUAAGAGUAAUUAAUUUCGUCAAAAAGUAAAAAAAAAAAAAAAAAUCUGCAAAUACAUUUGGGUAUGGUGCCAUACCCAUCUUACCCUCUGGCAGAAACCCUGGGUCCCUGCAUAUAGCCGAUACACACAGCAAGACAAAAAUAUUCCCGGUAACACAAACAAAAUCUAUUUAGUAUGAUGUUAUUAAACAAAACAACCUUCCUGGUUUUUUAUUCACAGAGGGAGUGCAUAUUUAAUGAUUUUGAAAGAAAAUAAAUUAUUGCAUUCGCCUGUUAAACAUUGGCGGCCGAAUUUACAAAACCAUAUUUUUGUCUUGUACACAUGCAACUACAUAUAUUUACAAUGCUUAAACAAGUGAGUUUAAGGAAAUUAGGGUGUGUAAAUUUGGCCCUGCAUUUUCAGGGCAUUUAAAACUUUGAGCAGAUGUGUGCACCCUGUGCAAAUCUCCCUUUGGAUCACACCUGAUGAUUAUUUUUAGGUAACGCACAUAACAAAGAAGAUAAAUAUUAGCUAUAGUUCUUCCCACAGUGAACACGUUUUUUUAUACUAUGGAAUUAACUACAAGUUGUUUAUUUAUGAGCCGAUUGUUUUUGUAAAUUGCACACACACAUUUAUUUUAUUUUGUUUUGUCAUGUCCAAAACACUUUUCCUUUUAUUCAAACUAAACUGAAAUUAUUUACAAAAAUCAUUUUUGUAGGAGGAUGAGACGGACUAUAGAUUGUAGUGUCAGAAACGAUCUCAGUUAACCGAUUCCAGUUUACUGCAAAGGCAGCAAUAGUUAAAUUUGUCUUAAAACUUUAAUUGCUAAUUAUACAUAAACUGUACUGUUUAGUUUUGCUGAAUGGAGGGAAACAACAAAUAAUUUUAUUGUGCUACAUAAAUCAUAAACGAAAAUCAAAAUAAAACGAGGUCUUCCGAAUUCCAUUUUAACAACAGUUUUUGCUUUGGUGUUGUUUUCCUCCAUCCAGCAUUUACAAUUAAAAUAGAGAGAUUUUUUCUAAAUUGAUUUAUAAUGCUGAUAAGACCAUAUUUUUAUUCACUACAAAAAUCUUAAAUUCUCUUUUUUCCAUUUUAUGUAACUAAUUUGUAUGUGACCAAAGAUUUCAUUACUGAACAUCGGUGUAUAGUAAAACCUCCCUAUAAACCAGAAUUCUCUCAAAACUGGACGUUUUUUUCACAUUCCCUUUUCAAAUAUCAGUACAUAACAGUACCUCAGUAAACUGGACAUAUCUUAAAGCCAAACUUUUUAUUUGGUCCUAUGGGUGUCCAGUUUAGAUGGUUUUUACUGUAAUGUAUAUCUGAACUUGAAAAAAUAAAUUAUAAUGUUUGUGAAGUUAUAAUUUGGUUGUUGUAUAGUCUGACUCUUCAUCGAUUUCUUCAUUUAAUAUCGGAGAGUAUCAGUGGAGUGUUUUCUGUGAAUACACCCUAUAUCUGGACCAUUUUUCAGUGUUAUAUAUAAAUGUGUUGAUCAAUUAUAUUUACAAUGGUUUUUGCUUUUCUAUAUCAAGUUAUCAUAUAGCUUAUAAUAGCCACAGAUAUAAUAUACACACAUGUAUAUACACGUUAUUGCAUUCAUAUGCGAGUUGCGCCACUAUGCUAAUAUCAAUAUUCUAUAUCUGAUAUAUAUUAGUUUUAUUACACCAUUGUACAUAAUGUUUGAAUUUUGCGACAUAGAUAUUUGCCUUUGUAUAAUAUUUUGGGGUGACUAAAAUAUGUGGUUUUUAAUUAUGAUUGUGUUGCCAAUAAAACUGAAUUUGAGGAAGUAAAACCACCGAUCUGCAUUAGCAAAUUGGAAAACAGAAUAGAGUUAUCCCCUCAUUUACAUCAUAAACAUUUAUGGAACUUAUUGUUACAAUCUUUCUUUUUAGGCCCAAGAGACACCACUUUGGGUGAAGUAAUUAAUUUUACCUUUAUAUAAAGUGUUCCUUGCUGCUAAUCAAAAAGAGUAGCUCAUAUUAACGGUGCGGUCCUUAACUGUAUGUCUGUUGCCAUAGAACCAUAAUUAAAAUGUGGUGAGUGUUGUUAAAUUUAAAUUUAUUUUUUCUAAUUAAAAAAAAAAAAAUUGUUUGUAUAAGGUGAAGAUUUUUGUUUAUCAACGGCAUCAAGGUACAUUAUAGGUUUCACCCUACCCCUCACUAUUAAAAACAGUCUAGAUCCGUAUUGGGUACUUUAGAUAUAUUUUAUAAAAGGAAUUACCUUUUAUGCUCAACAAAAUAAUUAAGACCAGUAUAAAUUUUCAGCAUUUGUGAGGGCAUCUAAGGACAAAUUUGACUGAAAUGAUGUUUAUAAAUCAUCUGUGAUUAAAUAUUUUUAACAAAAUAUAACACUUUCAAAAGGAAACAAGAAAAGACCAAAAUGUCCACUGGCCCUCAAUUAAUUUUGUCAUGUAUGGCUUACAUAUUUUAUGGACAAGCUUUGAAUAGUUACCAAGUAUAUGUGACUUCUGGGAAGUGCUCACAAAUCAGUGGUGGAUCCAGAAAAUCUAUUGGGGGUGGGGGAGGGUAAUGACAUGUGACCAAAGGUCUCAAACGUUCCCGAAGGGAUUCCUCGGAUUCUCCUGUGUGAAAAAUAAAAUAAAAAUAUAAUGUUACAACAUUUAGGGGGUGUCUGGCCCCCUGGUCUCUCCCCACUCCACCCCCUUAGAUACGCCACUGCAAAUAAAAAGAAAAAACUCAACUUGGCUCACACUAUUUUUAUUGUUAAUUUUACAAACAAGAAAUAUUUUACUGGAUCGAGAUUUUACUUUUUCCAUAUUGUUUGUAUUUCAAACUUAAUGCAUAUUUUACGAUUUUAAGAUAAACUUCAUGAAAAUUUAUCUUUUUAAAGAAACUGAAAAAUAUUUUAUACUUCUUUGUCAUCAAAUAUUUUUGGUGUUAACUUUUAAUAAAACUUAAAUAUUUUAGUUAAGGUUUUUAUCUCCUCAGUAUAAUUUAUGAAAAUAUUUAAAAUUUGAUGUUUUUACUGUUUGAAUAUGCCUGGUAUAUUUUAAUUUUUUUGUACAAUGUUAUAUUUGUAAAACAAAAUAACUACAAAAUAUUUUAUGUUUGAUUUUUGUUGUACCUACAGACAUUUUUUGUUUUCUGUAUUAGCAAUUUUGCUUUGUAUAUGAUUCAGUUUGAAGAAUACCUAUGUAACAUUUUAUUCAAAUAGUUUUGCUUUUUGUAACAAGCUUGUAAAUAGACUUGUAUAGUUUUGAAAGACAGUAAAGAGGCUACACCAAAGAAUGGGGGAUUUAAAAACAAAAAAAGAUGCAUGUAUAUAUCAUACUGAUUAGUUAACCUGUGUUAUCAUGUUCAGCAUAAUUUUAACCCUAUUCAGUGUGGAAUUUAUGACCAGACUUUUCUUUACCACCUUUCACUGAAUGAAUCUAGGGACAGACUCCAGGGUUUUGUGGGUGUGGGUAAUUGUCGGCAUGCUUCCAUCUGAGAACUGUUCAAGCAUGACUGUCGUGGGCACAACCUCUGACGUCGUCAGAGAGUUCUGUUCACGACAGUCUCCAGGGUUGUGAGUUUCUAUCCGUUUAUUCUUCCUCCCCCACCUCCUUUUUUGUACUUGAAAUCGUUUUCACAAAAUAGACUGAAGUUGAUCAAGAAAUGCUGAUACAUGUAUGUGACAAUUAAUUAAGUGUAUUACUCUAGUGUUUGACUUUUACCAUAAAUACUUGAUGGCUG